UAAAUUAAUGUUUAGCGUAACUGCUGCGCGCGCCUAACGGAUACUAAUAAAUUAAAAAAAUAGUGUUUAAAAAAGGCAAUUAAAAAACAAACGAGUUCGCUAAACAAAUUACUAUUUGAAUUUCGUUUCGGUGCAAUCGCAAGAGUUGAGAGAAACUGCAUUUUUCGGGCUGCAAGUGGCGAGCGCAGCUUCAGUUUUUCUUGCAACUGAAAAUCACUGCUGCAGCAGCAGGAACGGGUGUGGAAAUCUAAUCGAGUACUGUGCGAAAUAGAAAGACAGCCUUCAAAAUGAAAGGGUGCUGUUCGUGUGUUAAAUAUCUGAUGGUCCUUAUAAACAUCUUAUUCUGGCUCGCUGGAUUGAUGAUAGUGUUUACCUCGCUAUGGAUGCUCACAGAUCCCACAUUUAUGCUAUCCAUGACGCAAUCGUAUAAUCACUAUCACAUAGCAUUGUUUGUAUUCUUGGCCAUUGGCGCUUUGAUAACAUUGGCCGGAUUCUUGGGCUGCCUGGGCGUAUGUCGCGAAUCUCCAUGUCUGCUCGUAUCGUUCUUCUCUGUCUUGCUCGUUGUGCUGGUGGCGCAAAUUGCGGCUGGCUGGUGGACCUUCCACAACAAAGACAAGCUGGAUGAUAUUGUGCGUGCAGCUGUGAAGCAAUCAGUGCAGGAGGAGUACGGGCAAUCUAGCAUGAGUUCGCGCACGGUUACCUUUGAUACGAUACAGAAGAACUUGAUGUGCUGCGGUGCUGAUGGACCUGGCGAUUGGGCAACGAGUCGUUUUAACAAUGUGGAUCGCACUAAUAUUGUUGACAUUGCCGUUUCAUCAAUGAAUGUGUUCUAUAAUAUACCCGAGUCCUGCUGCAAGGAGAAUCUCAAGGAUAAUGAAUGCGAUAUGUCGCGUCGCUUGAAAUUCGGCGGUCCAUUAAAUACGUUUAUUUAUCAGCAGGGUUGCGUUGAUAAACUUAUUCAAAUAAUCUCGGACAAUUGGGUUCCUAUUUUCACUAUUGCAUUAACUGUUAUUCUGGUGGAGAUUUGCGGCAUUAUCUUUGCCUUGAGCCUUUGCUGUGCGAUGAGGGCCAAACGUUACAAAGCCUGAGAAUUACUGAAUUCCCAUAGGGAAAUAUCUGACGAUGAGAAGUACUAACAAACCAAAUGUAAACUAAAGCAUAAGCGUUACUAAAAUGCCAACAACCAUUGGGAGCGUAUGGAAUGCAUUUAGCACUGGAACUGAAGCAACAGCAGCAACAACAACAACAACGGCAGAGACUGUAACAAGGCCGGUCAAAUACUUUAAACAAUUUUGUAGUACUUUAAACAAAACGAUUAACAAACAAGAAAACCGAUCAAUUGUAAAAGCGUCGAAGCGCUUGGCAAUAACUUUGUAUGAACUUAAUACUGCAAUUUUUCUAAAACAAACUUACACAUAUUUCUACAUAAACAAAAACACAUUUUACAAUACAAACGCACAUACAUGCAUGAAUACAUGAAUAGGUAAACUCCAUAAUAUUAGGAAUGUUUCGAAUACAAGUAUGCAUAUGUUUUAGGUAUAUAAAAUGUAAAACGUUACAUACUAUAUAGCAAUCAAUGUGUAUUAGCAACUUAAGCACAACAGUAAGAAUUUCUUUGCCAAAAUUUAAAGCAAAAGCAAUCAUAGCGACUUAAACUUUUUGUUAAUAUAAUUCAAUUACAUAUUGUAUAAUGUAUCGUAGAGCAAACACUAAAAGCAAAUGCCAAAUUUGUCGGCAUGCAUUCCACAAGUAAAACAGUUUAAAGCGACUUGUUAACAUUAAGAUUUUUCAAAGUGGCUAUGAUGUUUAAAGAAAAUGAAUGGCUUUUAAUUGUGUCCUAAACAAUUUUGAAAAUCUGGCUGGAAUGCGUUAUUUUAUAAAUGUUUUUGUUUAGCUUCCAUGCUUGUGUUAAAGUCCCAACCAAACAAACGUCUCAUAGAACAUUGUCUUGUGUUAAAACUAAAAUGUGCUAAAAAUUUAUGUCAAAAUCCUGAAAUUGAAAACGUUAUGCUUCUCAAAAUUGUAUGCCAAAAAGAAAAUUUAUUUACAAAUUGUAAUUUUUAUUAUUUAUACUGGUUAACAGCGCACUGAUUAGCUAAUUAACAGUUAGCCGUUGUAUGAGCUGCUGUAAUGUAUUGCACUCUUUGCCAUGCUGUUAAUUAACAGCCUUAUGUAAAAUACCCUGCCAUUUUAAAAUGUAUACUCAUACAUGCAUACUUACCAUACAAACAUACUUAACAUAAGCUCGAAACACACACACACACACGAAAUACAAAAUAAUCUAAUCCCCUAACUUAUUAUUUAAUUUAGAUUUUUUUGG